AUGAUCAUUACACUACCAAAAAUGCUUCGGCAACUAGUGGUAUUGUGCCCUUCUACUCUUCCUUUGCGGUCGAAGUUGGGCAACACCCUAGGCGAGGAAGUGGAUAUGCUGCAAGUUCUUCGAGACUACGUGGAACUUAUACAGGAGCAGAACUUCAGGCAGCUCGACCAAGACACGAAGCGAAAGGCACUUUUGGCGUUCAGAAAGGCCUCUAAACAAGUCAUCCGGGAAGCUUUUGUGGUCGUAUCCGCGAACAACAAUAUGGGAGACCCCAUUGUGUCUUCGAACUUCGGUGUAACCGCCAAUGCCAUCUUCGUUAUCAGAGACGAAGAUCCGAAGGAACUCGAACCGAAUGGCUGGAUUCCGCUUACGAAACUGAAAGAGGGCCCGAAAAUAAAAGGCCUCAUCAGCUGUGGUGAUGAUAAGCAACUCCGGCCGAUGGUUCUAUGCGGUACAACGAAUUUGCUCAGCAGUUGGCCCUUUCGUUUCCUGCCAGAUUAA